UUGAUUGCACAUGUUUUCGAAACAAAUGCCUCUCCUUUUGUAUUUCCCACACAGGCCGUGUUCCUGCUUAAACCCUAAACCUGACUCUCAAAAUCGAGGUCUUUGUCGCGGAGUUGGAUUGCCACCGUGCGAAUUGGUUCGAAUUGGGUGUUCGGAACCCGCGCGUUGCAGCGUUUUGUUUAACCCACCCGUUGCCGAAAACCUUUUGUGUUCGUUCCACUUCAUCACAUUGAGGGGGUUCAAUUCCUAAGUUUGGUUCUGAUUGAAUGGCUUGUAGAUUUUGGGAAUUUGUUGGAUGCAUUUGAUGCCAGAAAUCAAGGGGACAUCUUUGUGGCUCUAGGUGGCUGCAACUGAGAGAAAACCGACUUUACCGACGGAGUCACGAAACGACCGUCCGGUGAGGGACGUAUAGAGCCUGUGUUAGCUUUUGUCUAUUGAGAUGGGAGACACGGUGAGAGGAACCGUUACUCCUCUCUCGGAGUCCAUUUCGGUGGAAGAUGCUAGAAAAGUGGCGAAGAAAGUAGAAGAAGCCAUAGAGACACAAAUCAAGCAGCUCAAAACUCUUCAAGGUUUUGCCGAUGAGAAUCGGUCCUUGCGCAAGCUUCUACUGGAGCUUCCAGAUCUCGUUUCUUACAACAUAAUGGUGCCAUUCGGAAAGGCUGCAUACAUGCCGGGGCGUCUUAUUCAUACGAAUGAAUUCCUGGUCCUGCUUGGCGAGGGUUACUAUGCUGAGAGAUCUGCCAAGCAAGCAGCCGAAAUCUUGAUGCGACGUAGCGAAUUUAUCAAGGCUAAAAUUGAUGCCCUUAAUAAUCAAAUCAAAGACCUUGAAGCCGAAGCUUCCUUUGCUAAGGACACUGCUGCUGAAGCUGCUAGUGGACUUGUGGAAAUUAGGGAGCCAUAUAUGGAAUCCACAAUGCAGCCUGCUGGGAAGAGAUCUGAUAUCAAUAACGUGGAAAGCAUCGCUACAAAAGAUGACAAGGAAACGGACAGUGAUCCUGAACAUUCGCGGAUUAUGGCUCGACUAGCUGAGUUAGAGUUAGCUGAAGCAGCCGCUGGAGAGGAUGAUGACGAUGAUGUUGGUGGCGAUGAUGACGACGAUGAAGAGAUGAUGGAGACCAACUUGCGAGCAUCGUUUCGGAAUUCUCUCCUUGGUGAUUCAGAUGAAACCGAUGAAGAUGAAGAUGAAGAGGAAGACGAAUAUGAUGAUGACGAUGAAGAAAGUGAGCAGGUAGAUUUAAGUAACAGAACAGCAGCGAACACACUCCUGAAUAGAAGUUCAGUGCACUUGUCGGAGAUUGAUGGGCGGGAGGAAUUCCAUAGCAGUAUCAUCCAAGACCAACCGCGCAGCCAAGUCCCGGAACAAGGAACUCAAAGUGAUGGAUAUCCUGCUCUAAAAGCUGGUGAACAAAUUCAGAAGAGAAAGGUACAAUUUCAGAGCACUAUCAUCUCGAGCCAAGAUGGCAGCCAGGUUCAAGCCAGAGAACAAGGAAUUCAUAGUCUGGGUUAUCCUGCAACAAAAGCUAAUGAAUGGAAUCGGGAUGAGAUUUCCAAGGGCGAAAGUAUCGCAGCGUCUCCUUCCUCUGAACAGCUUCCGCCUGUACAGAUAAAGCCAUCUCCCGCACAACUACGGGCUUUCACAGGAAGCGUUAUGGAGCGAAACACCGAACACCUCUCUUCUGUAACACCUCUAGCACCAGAGGUUCCUCCAAGUCGACCUGUUUCAAAAUUCAAACAGCGGAAGGGCUAACGUGUCACCUGCUUCAGGCAUCUGCUCUAAGAACGUUCCGAGCUACUAUAUACAAUAGGAACUCAAAUCGUAGAAUGCUUAAAAGGUCUAUCUGGAGCAUGUCACUUAGAUCCUCUGAACUUACUUUACUAUAGUCAUCAUUUUCUUCUCUAUUUUAAGAACUUGAUCGGAGAAGAUGGCAAGUAUGAACUUUCGGUUAAGCUUCCCUUCAGAUAGAAACACUAGUCAUCCCUCACUUCCUUUCUUAAUUCUGAUUGUCGUUCCUUCUGGGACAAGGCAGUUCUUAGUUUUCUGUGCAGGGUUUGCUUGUAGGUUAAAGUUUCAUUGCUUGAUUAAUUGCAGAGGGGUUGUUGAGGAGCAUUGCUAUUAUCGAGGGCGUGAUUGAUAGGUUUUGGUGUGAGAUUAAUUGCUGUUUUACUUUUUCCUGAAGUGGACAUGGCCAGACAUUAUCUUGAAUAUCUUGCGGUGCCCUUUGGUGCUGCCGCAGUAUUGCGCUUGAGCGAAGAUUGAAAUUACAAGUUCAAACCGGUGUUAAUAUUAGUUAGAGUCAUGAUUCGUUAUCACA